AUGCCUGUCGUUGAAGAAGACCGAGACAAGGAGGAGAGGAAUACUAAAAAGCUGUCUCCAUCGGGACCCAGUGCUGCGACAAAAACUAAAGAUCUAUCUCACGUCCCGUGUAAAUUCUACAAAGUUGGCUCUUGUACAGCCGGCUCCUCUUGCCCUUUCUCUCAUAGCGGAGUUUCUGGCCCAGGUGCUCAGAAGGAUGUUUGCGCAUGGUUCGUCAAGGGGAACAACUGUAAAUUUGGACACAAAUGUGCACUGGCGCAUGUUCUUCCUGGCCAAAGUAUGAGUAUGGACAGAAAGAACAAAAAGUUAGCGCAACAGCAGGCUCAAGCUGGAAAGGAAGGUAAAGAAGGCAGAGAAGGCAGAGAAGGAAAAGGACGCCGAAGGGACACCCAAGCUCGACCUCCUACGACUCUAUCUCUCAAAUCCCUCAAAGCUUCUAUUUCACCAUCUGCCCCUGCACCUGCUUUGAACGACACCGAUUUCACAUCCUUCAGUGCUUUAGAACCCGACAAAAUGCCCGCUGCCGCACCAGCCGCCAACGGUAAACCACAGCAGCAGCAAUCGAAAUCUGACUCAGUGGAAAUAACUCCGUCGUCCCCACCAAAGAGGGACUUUGGUCCCAUCGGAUCUCCUCCAAGGAACACCGAACCUGUGAGCGCAUCUCCGGGAACGCCGACGAACAAAAUACUGUCAUCGUCUCCCUACAAGCACUCGAUGCUUCGUAGCUCGUCUGGUGUGGGUGCUAGCGGUACCUCGGCCACCGCGCGCCCUGGACUGAGUAUGAAUCGUUCUACAUCUUCAGGGAAUUCGGGAGGGCUUACUCUUGGCGCUGGUAUUCCCGGCGGCAAAAAUCCGUCAUGGGGAAGUAUGGGGAACGGUUCUGAUAUUGGCUCUCUUCCUUCUCUUCCGUCCGCCCUGCUGCGCCCAUUGAAUGGCGUUCAGCCUCACACUCCCCUUACGCCAACUUCUUCUACUGCGCAGCAAAGCAGCAAGGACUUCGAUUUAACAUUCGAGUACGACGAAUACCUAGGCAAUGGUCCAGGGCGUGCAACUCCAGGACGAGGCGCGUCUUCGUUCUCUGAGGUUAUCGUCGAAGACGAUCUCGACGGUCUGGACGACUUCUUGCCGAGUUCGUUAACCGACCUUCUUACUCCCGAGGAGCGUAAACGUAGAUUGUCGCGAAGCAACUCGUCUUCACAUCAGGACACUCAUAGUGGGCUCACGUCUCCUCAUAGCUACAGCUCCCGACGUACGCUGGGUGUUCCUCUUGCUUCACGUAUCGAGGGAAACUCCUCUUCAGGAGGUAGUACACCUGGCCACAGAUAUUCACGUUCCGUCCCGAUGGGUGAUAUGAGCCACCUCUGGGCCAACCAGGAUCAGAACCCCAUUCCAAGUCCUAACGCAAAUCCUACCAAUAUCUCAUCCUCAUUCACCGGACCCUCUUCUUUGUCUGUUAAUGGUACUGUUGGUGGUGGACUACCCAGUUCUCCCCCCCGCCGCAUUGGCAACGGUACUCCUGGAUCGUUCACUUCCGCCUCUGGACGUCUCGCCGCAGAUGACUAUUACCCAUACACUGGCGGUAGUGGGUCACCUGGCUCAGCUGCUUUGGCAGGUAUCGGAAGUUUAGGGGGGAUGGGUGGUUUAAACCCUAGCAAUGCUAGUGCUGCUUUCCUUCCUGGAUACGGAUUCGGUACAGCAUACAUCAAGGCUAAGAGAGAACGUGAAGCCGCCGUUGCCGCAGCGGCUGCUAAUGUUAUCGGAGCUGCACAACGAAGUGUAAGCGGCGGAAUUCUUACGAACAGUAGGAUGUCCGCUGGCGCAGGUAUGCCUGGAACGUCGCCAGGUAGUAGCAGUAUGGCGUUUGGUACACCACGUAAAGAGCCUACAGGUCUUACCACCGCUGCUCCGUUUGGUGUAAGUUCACGAGACAUCAGCGGAAUAGGAAGCAUGGGAAUGAGUGGUGUGGGUCUAGGAGCCAUGAAUAGCUUGGAAACUGCCGUGUCACCUUCUACCAGAUCUGCUUUACAAAGUCAUGCUCCUGGCCAGAGUCUGCCUCAGGGCCUUGCGGCGGGCUUAUCAAGGAUACACGCGAAGACCUCGCAAGUAGGCUCUUUGUCCUCGGUAGGAAGUCCGCCUGCAGGCAGCAUUGGUGUGUCUCCUGGUGUUGCCGGCCUUGGGUUCUAUAGCGGGCCGUACGGUACGAAUCGCAUGCCUAGCCACCAGUCACAGCCGCAAGUCCCCCCUGGCCUGGGGCUUGGUUUGGGCUCAGGAUACUAUGUAAAUUAUCAGCAAACGGCGUCGGAACAACCAGCUUCUCAGCCCGUGCACCAUCAAUCUCAGGCUCAAUCACAUGCACAAUAUAACUCUCUUAACCCCACUUUCAAUUCCAACUCGCAGACUCCCGAUGCUGGGACAAAUGGUUCGUCAGAGUUGGACGUGAUGUUCUCCAAACUCGCUUACAAACCCUCAGUGCAAAAUUCAGCUCAGAUGUCCGCUCCCUUGUCCUAUGCUGGGGCUGCUUCUACCCAAUCAACUUCUGGCCCGGGGACCCAACCAAAGUCCAUCGCUGCUGGGGCUGCUCGUAAUGUCAGUGGCGGAGCACACGACGACGAUCUGUUUGACAUGGAUGAAGCGUGA